GUGACAUUCGAAAGAGUCGCGCGAAGUGAGGUUAUCUUUGUUUACAAAACAGUUAUUAUUAAAAUUCCAAGCUGUCGGCCAAAAUAGAUUUGGAUAUGAGCUUACAAACUGACUUUGGCCCCGAUUCAGGGGGCCGAGUCAAAGGUCUUGUGAUAGUAAAACCUAUAGUAUACGGGAAUGUAGCCCGAUACUUUGGCAAAAAGCGUGAAGAAGAUGGCCACACUCACCAAUGGACUGUUUAUGUGAAACCCUAUGCCAACGAGGACAUGUCUGCUUACAUCAAGAAAGUCCACUUCAAAUUACAUGAGAGUUAUGCCAACCCUAACAGAAUAGUGACGAAACAACCGUACGAGCUGACUGAGACAGGCUGGGGAGAGUUCGAGAUUGUUAUAAAGAUCUACUUUCAUGAUCCCAAUGAAAGACCUGUAGCACUUUAUCACAUUUUGAAGCUCUUCCAGUCGCCCGUAGCCGAUGGUGCUCCGCCUGCAGUAGGUCGGGCACUGGUCAGUGAAUCCUAUGAAGAGAUAGUGUUCCAAGAACCGACACAGCUGAUGCAACAUUUACUGAACAGUGUUAAACCGAUCACCAAUGGACCUUGGACUCAUGAUACAGAUUUUGAAGAAAAGAAAGAAAAAACGUUACAGAAGAUAAUAGCAGCACAAACUAAAGUCCGGACAGAAAUAUCGGAACUUAAGGAGAAGCUACACUUGGCUAAAGAAACUAUUAAUAAGUUUAAAGAUGAAAUUGCGAAACUACAGAAUAGCAGUGGAGGUGGCAUGUUAACUGGUGUAUAGACUACUUUAUAAGACAGACCCUAUAAACAUUGCAAACCAUUAAAAUGAAUCGCUAAACCAUUAUUAUGUGCGUAAUUCCAAAAGUACUGGAUUGAAUCAGGUACUUGAUUAGUCAAAAACAUAUUAUUUCUACUUUUAUUAAAUAGCGAAAAAUAAUGACACUAUUAAUUUAAAUUAU